AUGGCGUUUUCUCUUUCGAGUCGACGGACCUUAUCGGGGUUUCCUUUACUCACUGCCGAGGAAUUUGAAACCGCCUGUCACGCCUUUCUAAGUCGGGUUCACGUGGUGGAUGAUAGCAAGGUGGGAUGGUCCUCCAUCCGUCUCGAUCAGCGGGCAACCGGGCCCAUCUUGAGUAUUGCAAGGGAUAUCGGUCAUGUGGGUACUCGUGAUCGCGACGAGCCCCUCCCGGACCCAGAGAUGAACGAAGAACUACAGUGGAAGGCCUCGGAAGAAGAUCCCGAAGCUCUCAUUCGUGCGCCCGAGACCAGUGUCCGUUUACAGGUGAUUUAUAAUAUUCUGCUUUCUCCCACGUACCACGUCCCUGUCUUGUAUUUCCAGUUACGGCAGGACAACCAUCCGGGGCCGCUGGGAAUUGACGCAGUCUACCAAUACCUGGUACCGGAACAGUACAGAAAGGAACUCCAGAGCAUUGGCAUCAUGGGUGGUAUUAGUUUUGGCUAUCGUCCAGACUCCGGAACUCCAGCAUUUUUCGUUCAUCCAUGCCAAACAACGGAUGCGAUGAGGCACAUUGCAGGACAGCUCUGUCUCACUCCCGAGAUUUAUCUCAUAAUCUGGCUCGGGUUGGUGGGUAACCGUCUCGGUCUUCAGCUGCCAAAGGAAUUCUUCACAGUCGAAGGCAUGGAGACAUUCCAAGGCACUGCGUGA